CACGGGAUACGGCAGAUACACGUUCAUUUGGUUUUCAUGCCACAGGUCACUGUGACAGUCAAUUACAAAUCAAAAGUGAAAAAGAGGAAAUUCCUCAAGCUCGUUUCCUCUGUCUCGGUCUUUAGCGCUAGGAAGUGAAGAAGAAGCAGACCGCGUCUUUCUGUGCUCUGGCCUCCAGCCGCUCCGAGCCGCUCGCCGCCGCCGCAGCCCGCCUCAAAAGGGGAAGCCCGCUAGCGAACCGCAAGGCCUCGCCCGCUCGGCGCGGCCCCGCAGGGCUGGCGGCCCCGCGGGCGGAGUCGGCGCCUACCCCGUGACAUCGGGGCGGCCGCGGCGCUGCGGCCCCCGCCCGGCCCGGCCGUCCGUGCCUCCCGCCCGCCAUGGCGGUGCCGGGACGGGGCGCCGAGGGGAGGUCGGCGCUGCUGCUGAAAGUCGUGAUGGCCGGGGAGACCUGCGUGGGGAAAACCUCCAUCGUGCGGAGGUACACGGAGCCCAACGCGGCUGCCGCCUUCUCCUCCUCCUCCUACCUGGCCACGAUCGGCAUUGAUUUUAAAGUGAAGUGUAUAACACUGAAUGGUACAAGAGUUAAACUUCAAAUAUGGGAUACUGCUGGCCAGGAACGAUUCCAUACACUCAGUACAAGCUAUUUUCGUGGAGCACAAGGCUUUGUUCUUGUAUAUGACAUCACAAAUCUGGACAGUUUUCAAGGUGUAACAAGCUGGAUGAAAGACAUACAUGAGAAAGCAGGUGAUGAAGUGGACAUAAUACUGCUGGGCAACAAAUGUGAUAAGGAAUCAGAACGUGUAGUUCCAAAAUAUAAAGGAGAAAAGCUUGCUUGGGAACAUGGGAUACCCUUUUUCGAAACCAGUGCCAAAGAUAACGUGAACAUUGAGGAUGCAUUUUCAAUUUUGACUAUGGAAAUACUGGAAAAGAAGUCCUGGGUAUUAUAUGACUUAGAUGUUGUGGAUCUAAAUGAAAGUAAGAAGAGAACCUGCUGUGCAUUCUGAAAUAUCGUUUAUUAUUUCAUUUCCUCUUCAGAGAAUAUUAACUACUACAAGGGAACAUAAAAAUUUUUUAAAAGGGAGUCUGUAAUCCCAAAGCACAGAAUUUAGGCAUCCUUUUUAUUACAGAAACGUUGCUGCCAAAUAUUUUGACAUGUUUAUAUUUUUUUAUUUUUAAUGUGAAUUUAAAACAAUUAUCUGAUGUUUGAAUCAUUUGCAUACAAAUGGUUGCACAGGUGAAAUCUAAAUGUACUAAUUUUCUCUUAUUAAAAACAUGUACUUUAACAUUUUUUGUGCUAUUUGUAUCAGAUUUUUAAUUUUCAUGAACAUUGGCAUCACACAGGCAACCUUUCAAUACAUGAAAUCAUUUAUACUGUCCACAAGAUAACAUAUGUUUAAUCAGCUUA